GGGCUGUGCCCAGCAGCUUUGUCUCGAUCACUGCUGACCGUUAAAUAGCUCGAAGACAACCACCAUCUGCAAGUGCUCACAUCAGAAGCGAUCCAUACGAUAUACAACUUCUUUACAUAAACGAUCCAGCCCACCGACUUUUGAAGCAGUGGUCCUUCGCUCCAAUCAACUGGAGGGGGCACACUUGGCCUGUGAUAAGACAUACAGAUACGAAAUACCCGCCAACAACUUUGAAGAAGGAACUUGUAUCCGCCUGGAAUCCAACGCUAUCUCAGGCUUGGCUAUAUUCUGCAAAUCACUUCCUUCCAGAUGACCACGGCCGCUCUCCAUAGUCCUCGGAGAGUUUCGGCUACCCUGCUGAGACAGGCAGGCAGCUUGCCUCGAAGAUGUCGACCGCAACAGCAAACACGAGCCUUUCGACUAGGCCUAUGGUCAUCAUAUCUAGACCAAAACUUCCAAAAGGAAGUUCGUCGUCGCCACCGAGUGGUGAAGCACAAGUACAUUGAAGCUUUGAAUAGGAGGCUCUCGUGGGAUCGUCAUUUUCCAGCCAAUCCUAAACAUCUCGGCUUGAAGGGAUUCAUGUGCAGUGCAUGGCGUGGACAAGACUCCAGGCCUGGUGGAAGACGGGUAGAUGUUGAUGAAUUGUUUGAUAGUAAAGAGAGGACACAGAAGGCGACAGGAAAAGGGAUCGAAGACGUUGAACAGAGCGCCGUCGAGAGGCUUUUCAGGAACCAAGAUGCGGUGUACGACUACAUCCGGACAAGGUCUUCAAGGCUAUGGACAUGGAAUGACCCAACUUCGGCCGAGAACCCUACGGUAGUUGGCGCAACCUACACCUCUCCAUCUUCUGUGUACGAUCUAGAAGCCUUCCGGAAGCGCUUCCAAAGCAAACAAGAUUCGAACACUAGUUCCGAGCCUGAGUAUGAGAUUGAUCCCAUCACAAAUCGAAAAGUAUUCAAGAAUAAGUCGAAUGAUUCCGCAGAACCCGGCCGCAAGCCAAUCGAGAUCCCGGUGAAGACUUUCAAGGGAUACCGAUCACAGUUUAAAGACAAACCCUCUCCUUCGUCCUCUAAGUCUGUUCCAGAAAACACGCAGGAAGGAAAAGAUAACAAAUUCCCGCCUAGUGAACUCUUCAACAACAAUAGUACAUCAAGCAAGGUCUAUGAACCAGCCAUCUAUGACCCAGCCCACGGGUUCGAGGAAUACGACCGCAAAGUGGAUUACAAAUCGGGCCAGUUCUACGAUCCUGCUUCGAUCAAGACAAGUCAUCCCGAUCCUGUCCAAGAGGGUCUGCGAGAUUACGACGACAAAAUUUCCAGCAAAGGAGCUGAAUCCACCAAGUCUGCAGCACCGGGACCCGAAAUCUCCGGCAAUAUUGAUCCUGUGCAAGAGGGCCUAAGGGAAUACGAUUCUAAAGUUGACUAUGGUUCUGGCCGAUUUUAUAAAUGUUCUGAAAAGGACAUUGACUAUUCUGAUCCCGAUCAAUCUGGUUUGAAGGAAUACGAUGAGAAGAUUUCGGGCGGCGAGACUAUAUCUUCCAGCUUAGACGCGACGGUUUCUAAGCCCGUUGGUAAAGAUGGCUGGAAGGAGUACGACAAUCAGGUUGACUACAAGUCAGGCCAGUUCUAUGAGCCUUCUGGGACGACCAUUGACUAUUCUGACCCUAUUCAGAGGGGAUUGAAAGACUACGAUGGAAAGAUUUCGCGCCAGGGACUUCAAAAUGGAUCUAGCAUUGAACCAUCGAAGCCUCUUGAUCCUGUUGCGGAAGCUUUCCGAGAGUAUGAUGAAGAAUUCCCAGCCAGACAGACUUCCAAGAAGUUGGAUGAGGGAAUCUCUCAAUUGGACCCUGUCGAAGAAGCUUUUCAUGGCUACGAUCCUGUGCAUGAAGAAUUGAAGAAAUACGAGUCCGAGGUCUCCAGCGAGCGUACCGGGAAGGCGACGAGUGACCCAGCCAGAGAUUCUCUCAAAGACUAUGAUGCUCGCACAAAUUACGGGCCUAAAGGAGCACUCGGAAUUCCUCUGAAGCGUGGGGGUUUCAUCUGGAGAGUAAGAGGCGCAGUCGACAGAUUGUACAACGAUGUGAAAGACGACCUUGAACUACUUCGGGCCAGUGAUGUUCGUGCAGCUUCAGGCAUCGUCAAAAAGCCGAAGAAUGAGACCGACUCAGACAAACUUGCCAUGAGGAAGCAAUUAGAAAGCGACUUCAAUGAUCGUCAAGGAAACACGCUAUCGUCUGCAGACGAAGUUGCUGCCGCUGAGAAAGUCAAGCAAUCCCGAAAGCUUGUCGAGGAUCUCAGGAUCGAGCAUAGUGAACUGCAAAACCAUGCUGCUCAUGCUCGCAGCCGGAUAAAUGCCAAGCUUGCAGAAGUUGAAGCUGAGUGGCCAAGCCCUAAGAAGAUGACUGGAAAUUUUGUAAGAGACUUCCCAGAAGAAUUCGAGACAUCUUGGACCGUUGAUCAAAGCAACCCUGGAAGCUUAACCCCCAAAAAGAAGUCGAACAAUUCGAAUUUCGAACAAGAAAUUGAGAACAAUGUGCAGAGAGAUGAGGUUGCCUAUGUUUCCAGAAUGGCGCCCAAUGAGACGUCUUUGAACAGCUCAGGUGCCGUGAAGAUUGAGCCAUCCCUGGAUCGAACUAAUGUCUGUCAAGUCGACAAGGGGACUAGCAAGCUCGACAUCCAUGAGGCCAACGUAAUUGGAGCGCCGGAAAGUAGCUCAAGAGAGGAGCAGCAACACGACAAGAAGACCAAGAAGGAGAGUGAUCGAAAACUCAUCCAGGAAGUCCGCAAGAUAUACGAGGAUACAUACGGCACGAUCGAUAGCAGACAUCAACAAACUGGGGUGUCCAAUGGUACUGAGGAAGCUAUAGCUAUCGAACCAACCGCAGAGACUGCCGAACCCACAUUGUACAAGAUCCUUGCAUAUGACCCAACUAUGCAAUCGAUCAGCACGGCCGAAACGACUUCUAUUGUGCCCGACUCGUCAGGAGCUUUGACGCCGGCUGAAGUUCUUCUCCGAUUAUCAAAUCCGGCCAAGUUCUUCCCACACUUUCAGCCACUUCAGUCAGAGGGCUAUGACAUUGUGUCUGGAAGUGGCGAUGUGCUUGUGUUCCGGAAAGUACGGUCAGGUGCACCCGUCAAUACGAUGAUUGAUCGUACUGGAAGGGGAUGGACGGUACCUCUGAGAGGUUCGAGUUUCGAGCCGAAGCCAGUUGCAUCAGAAAGGGCUCAAAGCUACAAGGCAACCAACCCUAUUGAUGGUAUGCAAAGCAGUCCGGUUGCCGCAACUGGGAACUUUGCAAGUCCCACAGGCUUUGUCAACCACGAUCUCCCUGGUGUAUCCGAUCCACCAUUUAAGUCGAAUAUUGAUGUCCGACGAGAGGAGCCGGUCUUCAGCGGCAAGCGGAAUUGGGAAGACGAGAGUGAGGGUUCUCGGCGGAAGGAAGGAGGAAAGUUCAAGAAGGUUUUGAUUGGCGGAGCUUGGGUUGCUGCUGCCUCCUAUGCUGUGGGUGUUGUUGCUGAGUUCUUCAAGACUGGAGGUGCCGAUGGUAAGGGACCUGAGGGUUUCUGAAGGUGUCCACGUUAGCAGGGCGUUCAAGUGGGGAGUUGGGGGCAUCGAGCAUGAUGCAUUAUCAGGGUGAGGAUUGUGUGAGUCUGCAUACCGGCUGCAAGGAGAUUAAGAGCACUUGUCGAGUUCCACGGUUCUUUGAUGCUGAGCAUUGGGCACCAAGUCAAGCUCCCAGCUUAGUGUGGAGGGCUUGUCGGUGGAGAGAAGAUGCUUUUGAUUUUUCAUUGUGCCUACUCCUCUCUGGUGAUACCAUAGAGACAAAUCCACUCAUAUUUCAAAAGACGUUGCUA